AUGGAAUAAUUACUUGUAAUUUAACCUGAAAAUAUACUGAAAUUUAAGUUCGAAAAUAAUUAGUAUAUUGCAAGAAUCGUUUUACAGAAUGUUUCAGCAAUUUUUGUAGCUUUUAAAAUUAGAUUAAGCAAUCAAAAUGAUUAUAGAGUUAAACCAAGCAUAGGAGUUUUAAGAGCAGGCAAUAGUGUAAAAUUGUAAUUAACAACUGAAAAUGCAAUUAGUAUUAAUAUAGAUCGUGUUUAGAUAAUGGCUGGAUCUAUAUCUAAUAAUGAAGUAUAACUCAAUCAAUAAGCAGGAUGUAAUCUAAUUUCUCAAAAAAUAACAGAGAUUGAAUUAAAAAAUCCUAAAAUGUUGUAUUGAACAACCUUCAUUUUUAUGAUCUACUGUUUAUAAAUGUACUAUUUUCCCAUAAGAGAUUAAUGAUUUUAAUUCAAUUAUAAAAACUGAACAUGUUAAGCCCUAGAAAAAAUAAUAAUUAGUAUGAUAUUUUGACUUUGGAAGAGUAAAUCAAAAAAUAGUAAUAUUUCCAUUCUAUACUUAUCGGGUG